AUGGCGUCCACUACAGUAUCCAACGAGUUUAAGACCUUCGCUAUGAGGUCGCCUCUCAUAUUAAGCGUGAUUUCUUUACUCAUCCUUGCUGCCUUUGUAAGAUACCUCCUCAAUCGCCCUAAACGCCUAAAUCUACCGCUCGUGGGUUUGCCCGAGAGUGAUGAUUGGGCAAAGGACCUGAUAGAGGGAACUAUAAAGUAUCCAGAUACACCAUUCUUCAUGCCAACUUCACCCCCAACAGUCAUGCUUCCAAUAUCCAUGUUGGAUGAAAUAAAGAAUCUCCCCGAGAAAAAGGCGUCUUUCAAUGAAUUGCUUCGAGAAGUAUUUGCUGGAAGGCACACUGGGUUUGGCGAUGAUAGAUCCGAACUAGUGGCUGCCGUGAAGAUUGAUUUGACACGCAACAUUGCCGGCGCUCUGGAUGGACUUCAGAAUGAAAUCAAGUACGCGCUCGACAAAGAAUUUGGACCAUGUUAUGACUGGACUUCGAUUGAACUCUACGGAAAGCUAGCUCGCAUUGUGGCUUUAUUAAGUGGUCGUGUAUUCGUCGGUCGCCCUUUAAGCAGAGAAGAGGAGUGGAUUUCUUCGACGACAGAAUUUGCGUCCAAUGCUCAUUUGGCAAGGCUGGCGAUACUGGAAUGGAGCAGCUGGAUGCGGCCAUUCGUUGCCCCAUUCCUCCCAGAAAUUCGAAGACUCAAUCAGCACAAAACGCGUGGUGCGGAAUUGCUGACGCCAAUCCUCAAAGAUUGCCUAGCAAAAGCCCAAGGCGAAAAGUCGGGGCUAGAGGGAUAUGAAGACGAGCAAGGAACAAUGAUCUCAUGGCUUCUUAAUCAUAUAGAUCAGAAGGAGCGUGCUGACGCACUGGUCUUAGGUAUCAACCAGAUGAUGCUAUCAUUUGCCGCGAUUUCCACAACAAGCAUGUCUAUAUGCCACACCAUUUAUGACCUAGCCUGUCGGCCCGAGUAUGUCGAACCUUUACGCAAGGAGAUUGAUGAUGUUCUCCGACAAGAUGGAUAUGAUAUCGACGGUGAAGGUUUCUUGAAGCUUAAGAAGACCAGCAUGGCAAAGCUCCGCAAGCUAGAUAGCUUCCUCAAAGAGUCUCAAAGACUGUCCCCGCUUUCCAUAAUGUCAAAUCCCCGCGUGGUGACCUCUGAUCUUACUUUGUCGACUGGACUUGUCUUGCCUAAAGGCACACACUUUGGUGUCGCAGCAUAUGCUGUGCAUACCUCAGCAGGCACGACUACCUAUUCGCCCUCUUACAACCCACCUGGUGCCAAACCCCCCACUGAGUUUGACGGGUUCCGCUUUUCGAACUUACGCGCCAUUAAGGGAAUGGAGAACAAGCAUCAAUUCGUCACUACAUCGCCCGAAUCUCUCAACUUUGGUCAUGGAAACCAUGCCUGCCCCGGUAGAUUCUUUGCAAGCAAUGAGAUCAAGGUUGUAUGCAUUGAGCUGUUGAGGAAUUGGGAGUUUAGACUCAAGGGUGAUGUGGAGAGAAAGGGUGGCGUGGAUAAUCGGCCCAAGAAUGACUUCCAGGAAUUUACUAUAAUGCCGAAUAUGUUUGCAGAGGUAGAUUUCAAGAGGCGGGGUGAAGUAGACUUGAAGCUUUGA